AUGAACGUUAGUGAUAGAAUGACAGCUUUAGAAUGGACUACAUUAAGUAAAUUAACAGAACGUAAUAUAUUUAAUUUUUAUGGAGCAGCGGGGCAACCUGUAUUAACAGGAAUUAAAUUAUGGAAUGUAGGGACACAUAGACGUAAUGUGGCAUAUAUACUUAUUGGAAUAUGUUUAUUAGCAUUGUUUGGAGUAUCUGUAAUUGCACCUCUUGGCAUUCAAACCUGUACUGUAAUGUAUAAUUUAACAUCAGUAGAAACUAAUGUUGUUAAUCCAGAUAUACUUAGCCGUGCGGUUAAUAACACAUUUACUCCAAAUCAAUUGUCACAAAUUAGAAUAUGUGGAUUGUUUGCCAGGCUACCAUGUCCCGGAAUGAUAGACGGAGAUCAUGUCAAUAGUUCAUACGCGGAGGACUUUAAUAAGACGUAUAGUCAUACAGCAAUGAGAUAUCGUUUAUUGCAAACUAGUGGCGUUGAUAAUAUCACAUUUCCUGUAUAUGAUUUUAUGAUGGGUGAAGUGACAAGUGCACAAACUGAAUAUGGUAUUGUUGAUACAAUGGUUGUAGAUCAUGAUAAUGGAGGAUUUUUAGCAAGUCAUACGAUUCAACCUAAGCAAGAGGUCGGUAAAAGAUAUAACUGGUCAAUUAAAGGUCUAUGGCUACAACCUUAUGCUAGUUGUAAAUCAACUAAUAUUACUCGAAUCACAUGGCAAAAUGGAACAUUUAGCUGGGUAGACAAAUUCAUCAUUAAUAAAGAUGAUGCACAACCUCCACAAUUAUAUCCACUUGGUGACGAAGGUCAAAACGUCGAUCUUUUAUCAAGAAGCAUUAGAUAUAGUCUGAUAAUACAAUUCAUUGCUAGACAGCAAUUGAAUAUGACAGUUAAUGGGACUUUUAUUGAAUCGAAUGUUUUUAAUGACGUUGAAGUUGUUAUUGAUCCGAAAUCUAUUAAUACUGGUAAUCUUCCACUUAACGUCACUACAUCGAAUGUAACAGAAGCCAGUAUUUUAUGUGCAGGUUUUGGUGGUCAAGAUACCAUUAGGGAUAAAAUAGUUGGUGUCCAUUGUUGGACAGUGUUUGGACCGCCUAAUAUUACUGAAAGAGGGAUUGAGCAAGCAUUAUAUGGAUGUGCAGCAGCAGUUAAGGCCAGUGUAGAGAUAAUAAAUGUACAAUCUAACUCGACGGGCGAUAUUAAUGUGUUAGGCAAACAGACAGUCCCAAUGAAUUGGUACAUUGAAAAUGCUAGCCUCAAUAUUACUGACAUGGACCUUUGGUGGGGUGGAGUUGAACCUGGAGAAAACAUUCCAAAUAAUAGCAUGAUAGUAAGCCAAGAUAGUCUUUGGUUACCAGCAGGCAGUUCGUUUCUAUUGGGAAGUACAGGUGAUGCACAAUCUGCCGGUGUUGCUGGUAUAGCGAGCUACAUCAUGGCUAAUAGCUUGAACUCUCAAUAUAUAAGUGGUUAUCGGGCAGAUGGUGUUGGAAAUUUAGCUUUAUUACAACAAUGGAAAGACCAAGGCACAACUGAAGAAGGCAUGGGUAGUAUGUUCCAACGACAAAUGACUGAUAUCUUGGUCAAUAUGGUGACACCGACUGGUCAAGCUACGAUAAGUGGUCCCAUUCAGGUUAUGAUAGAAAAGACGUGUUAUGACAUACUUUUUGGUGUUCAAUAUUGUAUAACCAUGAUAUUAUUAAUAAUGCUCUUAUGCUUAUUAUUUGCAUCCACUAUAAAUGGUGAAAAUGCGAAAUCAUUAUCAAUUAAACAGAUUGUUAGGCAAAUGGAUCUUGGUAGAGCAAUAUUAAAUACAUUGGAUUAUUCAGAAGCUAGUGCUGCUAACGCUUCAGAUUGGGAAAAAAUUGAUGGUCUAAAGUUUAUAUCAUUGAGCAAUAAGGGUUUUAAGAAAUUUGAUUAA